AGGCAUUCGGGCAUCCCCUCAGCACGCCAGGACACAAACAUGGCGGCCUCCUUGCGGCUGGGGCGUCAAGGAAUUUUAAGCGGGUUGAGAUUAAUAAAACUUAAAAAAUGUCCGUUCCAAACACAUACAUUUCGGGAACAAGUCAGGAGCUUAUUUCAGUCUCCAUCUUUCUUUGGGGUCGCCCCAGUGAAGGUGCAGAUGCCGGCCCUGUCGCCCACCAUGGAGGAGGGCAACAUCGUCAAAUGGCUGAAAAAGGAAGGUGAACCAGUGGCAGCAGGGGAUGCCUUGUGCGAGAUCGAGACGGACAAAGCCGUGGUCACCCUGGACUCCAACGAUGACGGGGUCAUGGCCAAGAUUCUGAUGGAGGAAGGCAGUCGUGGUGUGCGACUGGGCACGCUCAUCGCCUUGAUGGUGGAGGAGGGCCAGGACUGGAAGCAGGUGGACAUCCCGCCCCCGGAACCUGUGGCAGCACCACCGACCCCCGCGGCAGCAGCACCUCCUCCCCCAACCCCAGCUGCAGCCCCACCACCGCCCCCUCCUCCAGCACCACUUCCAGCCACCACUGGACCGCUGAGGUUGAGCCCUGCAGCAAGACACAUCAUGGACACGCACGGUCUGGACCAUCACCUGGCCACACCCACGGGACCUCGAGGCCUCAUCACGAAAGAAGACGUCCUGAACCUGCUGAAGAAGAUGGGUGCCACAGGCAAGCCUGCCACGACCGUGUCCGCCCCGCCCCCAACAGUAGUCCCACCCACCCCUGCUGCCGCCCCCUCGGCCCCAGCACCCCCACCACCCGGAGGACGGCCUCUCUACCCCCCCAUUUCUGUCCCGGGAAAACCAGGGGCUCCUGGAACAUUCUCCGAGGUGCCAGCGUCUAACGUGCGGCGCGUGAUCGCCCAGCGCCUGACUGAGUCCAAGACCACCAUCCCUCACGCCUACGCCACCGUGGACUGCGACAUGGGGGCGGUGCUCAAGCUACGCAAGGAGUUGGCCAAAGAGGACAUCAAGGUAUCCGUCAAUGACUUCAUUAUCAAAGCUGUUGCAGUCACACUUCGGGAGCUGCCUGAGGUGAACGUGACCUGGACGGGCGAAGGCCCGAGGCCCCUGGGCUCCAUAGACAUCUCCAUCGCCGUGGCAACCGAAAAGGGCCUCAUCACCCCCAUCAUCAAGGGCGCUGACGGCAAGGGCGUGCAGGAGAUCUCCGCCAGCGCCAAGGCUUUGGCCCAGAAGGCUCGGGAUGGUAAACUAAUGCCGGAGGAAUACCAAGGUGGCUCAUUCAGCAUCUCCAACCUGGGCAUGUUUGGCAUCAGCGGCUUCAGUGCGGUCAUCAACCCUCCGCAGGCCUGCAUCCUGGCGGUGGGCCGCUCCCGGGCCGAGCUCCGCCUGGUGGAGGCCGACCCCCAGGACCCCUCGGGCCCCGGCCUGCGCACGCUGCAGCUCAUGACGGUCACGCUCUCCAGCGACGGGCGGCUGGUGGACGACCAGCUGGCAUCACGCUUCCUAGACAAGUUCCGCGCCAACCUGGAGGAGCCGCAACGUAUGCAGCUGGCAUAGGGAGGCGAGGAGAGGAGGGAAAGACAGAGGGAUGGAGGGAGGGGGAGAGAGAGAAGAGAGAUGGGUAGGGGAUGGGAAGGGAGAAAGCAAAUCAGACGCUGUAUAGACUACAAGAGAGCAUUGCUCGUAACAUAGGUUGGGAGGGGCAAAAAAAAUAUGUAGAGAAGAGGCGUGGGGGGGGGGUGAAGAGGGGGGAGAGAAGGAGAAGGGGUGGGAGAGACAGUAAAGAAAGGGAUUGUAUAGAUUAUAAGAGCGGUGUGGGUAGCCAUGGGCUAGGGAGGGCAAAGGAAAGGGAGGACAGGUUACCUAACUGUAGGUCAACCGACCAACAGAAGUGGAAUCAGCACCAGUCUGCUGCUAGCCCGGUGACCAUCACCAUUCAAAGCAGAUUUUACUUUUCAUUACAAACAGCUGCCUUGGCCAACAUUUCAAAUUCAACACACAACACUUUAUUUGAAAGUGUUUUUUGCGUAAGAAGUGAUGGUAGGAUGUUAAGAACGCCACAUGAACUUCAUCAUGAAUGUUGUUGAAACUUUGUUUGUGUUCAUGACUGUUGCCAUUAGGCGAUUUUUAUUAACAUUCUAGCAUGCAUUGCUCACAUUGUAAAAGCAUAAUGUUGUGAAAUGGUAAGUCAUUAACAUUAAUUUAGUUUCAAUAAUGUUUAUGAUGUGUCAGACACCUUCAAAUAAAGUGCUACACGGAUAUUUACAAUAUGUACAGCCGGAAAUGGGUUUCAAUUUCAAACCAAAAACAAAGAAAGAAACGAGCAAAAUUGACAUCAACCAUUUUUAACAAGGUGCCGAAUACUGCUGUGUAAUUAUGUAUAUUUCACUACAAAAAUAAAGCGUACAUACUAUAUGUUGCUACGCACGCAGGAAGAGUACAUGUAUAAUACAUGUACAUGUGUAUAUCUCCAAGCCUGUGAAGACUCAUUUCUCUUUCGGGCAGUUCCUGCCAACGCCUGGUCUUUUCUGCUUGGGUUUGCAGCAGUGUUGCUCAAUGCAUCCUGUCGGUAAAAAUUGACUUAAGAUAUCCAUCAGAGCUGUAUUAUGUUAUUUUUUUGUUUUGUGUUCCACCCCUUAAUGUCAUGUUUAUAGUGUGCAUUAACUUAUUUAAAAACCACGUCAUCUAAUAAAACCCAGGCCAUGACAAACGA